AUUGGACUAUCUUUACCGGGAUAUUUCACUUCCACGCGGACGUGAGGCAUUCGAGUGGCCCGUCUUAAGCCCCCCGGCAUGGCUUGAAGGUAUGUAUGACCAGCGCAGUCCCAACCUUUUCAGACGUGAGUGACUGGACCUUUGUCCUACUCUUGCUGUACAAUCUGUGGUGCAAUCAGUCGAAGAUGGACGACCAAAGACCUGUCCGGCUUCUUUCUUUGGAUGGCGGGGGUAUCCGCGGGCUCUCCUCCAUCUUGAUUCUGAAAGAAUUGAUGCGCCAUGUGAAUCAAGAUCGCGAUCCCAGUAGCCAGCUUCAACCGUGGCAGGUCUUCGAUCUCAUCGGAGGUACAAGUACGGGCGGUAUUAUCGCCAUCAUGCUGGGAUGUCUUCGAAUGACAGUCGAUGAAUGCGAGGAGGCGUACAUUCGUUUAGCAAAAACAAUCUUCAAGCCGAAAAGAUGGAAGUACAACGCCUUCAGCCGUAGUGUCGACUUCUUCUCCGCCAGCGAACGCUACGACUCAUCAAAGUUGGAAAGUGUGGUCAAAGAAAUCAUCAAAGCACGAACGGGUAGCGAGGAGACCCCCCUGAGCAAUUUAACGGAGGACGGCGUUGGGAAAGUAUUCGUCACCACGGUUCAGACGGACGAUAAUGAGCUGCUUUUGCUACGCUCGUAUGAAACGAGGCAAGAACUCGACAAACAUUCCAAACAGUUCCAGCUGUGGGAGGCACUUCGUGCCACAUCAGCUGCCACAACGUACUUUAAAGAAUAUCGUCGCGGUAAUGCUGGGUAUUUGGACGGGGCGUUAAAGAGCAAUAACCCGAUCUUUCAAGUCCACCAAGAAGCUCGAGACCAGUGGCCCGAUAGGGAGGCUUUCUUGAUCAGCAUCGGAACGGGCACAAAGCCUUCGGUUCCUCUCAGAGGGAAUCUUAUACAUCUAGCGAGAACGCUGACGAAGCUAGUCACCGAGACCGAGGAAACGUGGAAUCGAUUCAGGGGGUCGCAUAAGGAAAUGUUGAAAGACAGUCUCCUGUUCCGUUACAGCGUCCCCGAGCUUGGAGGCGUGGAUCUGGGAAACCACAAGUUGAUGGGCGUGGUCCGCUCAAGUACGGAACGACAUCUGCGAGAAGCAUCGACGGAGAAGUAUGUCAAGACAUGCGCUCAGAAGAUGGUGGAAAUUGAGGAGGAUAAAUAUGCAUCAUCGCGUACAGGAAAGCCCAGGGCGCUACGUUUAGAGGAUCUCUCAGAUCAGGAGAAAGACUGCUUGCGAAGUCUUCACGCAACCAGCGGAGAUUACGAAAGCCAGAGGCUCGGUAUCGACAAGCCCGUCCCUGGGACCUGUAAAUGGUUUCUUCGACACCAAAAAUUUGUCAAUUGGGAACGAGGCUCUGCCUCGUCUCUUCUCUGGGUGACGGCAAAUCCUGGAUGCGGCAAAUCAGUUCUAUCCAGCUUCCUAGUGGACACGUUGAAUGACGAGAGUAGUCAGCCCAUCGUCUGUUCGUUCUUCUUCAAAGCUGGCAUCGAUAGUCGCCGAUCUUCACACCAGGCUCUCUGCGUCCUCUUGCAUCAACUCUUCAUCGCUGUUCCGGACCUGGUUCAGGCAGCGAUGGGAGAUUACUGUAGCAAGGACGUUCCCUCCUUCACCAAAGACGUCGAAGCACUCUGGGCUAUUCUUUGCGAAGCCGUAAGCCGCCUCGGCAAUCGUAAAGUCAUAUGUAUCAUCGACGCCCUUGAUGAAUGCUCAGAUCAAUCGAGGAAUCGUCUCAUCACUCAGCUUGUCACCGCAAUUUCAGCCAACGGUUCCCUGAGUUCUGUCGGUAACCUAAAACUUCUCGUCACGAGCCGACCAUGGCCGAGUAUAGAGACUCGCUUCCGCAACUUGCUCUCCAUUCGACUUCGGGGCGAAGACGAGUCGCCGUCGCUCUCUGCCGAUGUGGAGAAAAUGAUUGAGCAUCGAGUGCAAGAGCUCAAGAGAUCUUCGUUUCUGUCCACGGAAGCCAGUUCCAUGGUAGCCAAGAUCUUGACCGAGGGAGCCGACCGGACGUUUCUCUGGGUGUCUUUGGUGUUCGAUGCCAUCGAACGGCUCCAGUCGCGAAAACUCAGCUCAAUCGAACGGUCUUUGGAAUCGUUGCCGGGCGACCUAGAUCAGCUCUAUGAGAGCGCAUUGGCAGCAUUCGUCGACCCCGAAGCAUCUUACAAGCUGUUGGGUAUAGUUCUGGCUGCCAAGCGUCCACUCAAGCUUGACGAGCUGAAUGUAGCUCUCAAUUUCGAAAAAGACACAAGCUCACUCAAGGCGUUAAGUAGAGAGCUCGAGCCCAAUGUUGAGCAUACCAUCAAAGAGCUGGGAGGAUUCUUCAUCCGGAUCAUGGACUCGACAGUUUUUCUCGUCCACCAGACGGCGCGAGAUUUUCUUCUUUCUCCGUGGCCGAGCCAUCUUCAUAAGCAACCAAUUCACAAGAUCGACCUCGAGCUGGCCAGUUUCGCUCUAGCAAGAACUUGCGUCGGCUUUCUCCAGCUCGAGGGCUUGCCCGUAAGACCGCAUCUUCCCAUGACAGAAGAAGAACGUGUAGAGUCGAACGAGACUUUGUUAGCCAAAUUGCCAGGCUGGGUAAAGAGCUUUUAUGUCUAUGCCUCGACGGAGUGGGCGUCACACCUUGGGGGCGACGAAGUAUUCAAGUCUGCGUCUGACAUAUUCAAUGCUGUCCGUUCCAUCUGCGACUCUUCGAAACCAUAUUUCAGUGCUUGGUGGUACCUGUACGUGGAUGGUGAGUUCUUCGCCGGCAGUGAAAAGCGGCAUUCCCGGUUCGGUGAUUACGCCGGUCGUUGUUUUGCCCAUUGGUCAACAUUGAAAGGCUCUCCGGCUGCUACGCGAGGUCUGCUUGAAUCGGGGACAAGCGUGGCAGGAGAACAGGAUCCAUAUGGACACGACCUCCUCUAUCACUGUGCAUCCCAUGGAGCUGAGCAAGCUCGUUGGAUUCUUGAGCAUACCGAUCAUACAACCUUAAACCUGUUCCAAUCUUUGGAACAUUCAGUUUUGCGAGAAAAUCUAAAGAUGUUUCAACAACUUCUCCAAACAAAAGUACGAAUCAGUUUGACAGAGGACGAAGCACACGCGAGAUUCUUGUUUUUCACUCUGCCUGCUCUCCAACGACACACGUUUCUUGAAGCUCUACUGGACAGGGGCAUGGCAAUCUAUGGCAAGGACUUUGUGGCAGCUGCUUCUGACGGAUACAAUAAAUCUUUGGCUCUCCUAAUAGACCGCAGGUCCCAAACCAUCAAGGACUUGACGCAAGUUCUCAAAGAAGCAUUGGUUCGAGCGACGGAAGAGGGCUACCCGCGUUGCCGGACUGUGUUGCUGGAGCAUCUUCCUUCCGAUGCCGCCAUCGGCCUGGACUUGUCCCCAGGCUUGUUACAAGCUUCCUAUCGGGGUGAUAGUCGCAGCAUUCGCGAGCUGGCUGCCAUAGGAGCCUCGGACAAGGGGGAGGGUCUUGCCUUCAGCUGUACCGUAGGACACGCAGAAACUGCAAGAGCAUUGGUCGACAGCGUAGCGUACCCUCGCGAGGUUCUCGUAGAAGGUUUAUCGACCUACUACGACACUAACAUGGGGCUCGAGUUGAAAGAAAACUGCAUCAAAGUUAUGGGGAAAGUUGUGGCUUCUCGGGGCAAGCUCUUUGAAGGAUUCAGAAUCGUUCCAGUAUUUGGGUGCUCCUUCGAAGAAAGCACGCAACUGCUCGAACUAUUUUCGGCAAAGGGCAUUCGCGUUUCCCGCCGGCGUUACGUGGAGGUGACGGCGAUGGUUGUUGCGAUGGACGACCGGUUUGGCCACUGGCUGGCAAAAGCUGCCGGAAAACUCCAAAACGACGAUCCUGCUUUAGCGGCCAACGACUUUUUUCUGUUGGCCUGUUUCUGGGGUAAACCCUCCCUAGUUCAGCUCGGCCUUUCUGAGAUUGUCGACAUCAACAAGCAAGAUGGCUCCGGAAUUACCCCUCUCAUGGCAGCGACAGCAUCCGGUAGUCUACAGAUUGUGAGACUGCUUCUGGAAAAGGGUGCUAACCCCGAUCGGCGAUGCAAGGCACUGAUGCCACAACGAGACAUCAUGUCGGAUAUUGAGUGGGAGUUGGCUAAUCUGUGCACUCAUUUCGCAAGAGGGCUCGGCGCCGAAUGCCUGGAGGGUAGCCCUCGCUCUCUCGCUAGGCAGAUGGGGCAGGUAGAGAUCGAGGAAGUAUUGAACAAGUUUGUAUGAGUUGUUGUGAUGGAUUUUAGCUCGGGCGUUGUCUUGCAGUCAAGGCUGUGUCCGGACAUUGUAAGACCGGGUCUUUGAGAGUUCACCAGAUUCGACGAGGAUUUUCUUGUCACAUUAAUAAAUGUGAUCCGGGCUUCUGGAAUUCGUUGGAUGUUUGUCGUCACUGCGCCUUGUGAUGCGACUUGUCAUGCAGGAGUAGGGCGUUGCACGGUUGGAUCUGCAGCGGGACUCGGUAAUAGCA